GUUUUCCUUUGCCUUUGUCAGUCAAGGGGCUAGACUUGACUGGUGUUUCCGAGUACAAAUUGAGCUCUCUUUAGCUAUGAAAGCGUAUAAACCUCUUCCAGAGAACAGCUUAAUGGUAGCCUCUCUCGGAGUCACCACAUUCACCCUCUGUGCCCUCUGCAUCGACCGAUUUCGUGCCGCCACCAACGUGCAGAUGUAUUACGAGAUGAUCGAAAACUGCACCUCGACGACGGCCAAGCUGGCCGUCAUCUGGGUGGGCGCGCUGCUGCUGGCCCUGCCGGAGGUCGUGCUGCGCCAGCUGGCAAAGGAGGACCCCGAAUACAGCGGCAGCCCCCCGGGGGAGCGGUGCGUGGUGAAGAUCUCCACCGCGCUGCCUGACACCAUCUACGUGUUAGCUCUCACUUACGAUGGGGCAAGGCUCUGGUGGUACUUUGGCUGCUAUUUUUGUUUGCCUACCCUUUUCACUAUUACCUGCUCCCUGGUAACGGCAAGGAAAAUCAGGAGGGCGGAAAAGGCUUGCACAAGAGGGAACAAGCGACAAAUCCAGCUGGAAAGUCAGAUGAACUGCACAGUGGUGGCUUUGACCAUUUUAUAUGGGUUUUGCAUCAUUCCUGAAAACAUUUGCAACAUUGUGACUGCCUACAUGUCCACAGGGGUCUCUCGGCAGACUAUGGACCUCCUCCAUCUCAUUAGUCAGUUCCUCUUGUUCUUUAAGUCCUGUGUUACCCCAGUUCUCCUUUUCUGCCUCUGUAAACCUUUCAGCCGAGCCUUUAUGGAGUGUUGCUGUUGCUGCUGUGAUGAAUGCAUCCAGAAGUCUUCAACAGUGACAAGUGAUGACAAUGACAAUGAGUACACCACAGAACUGGAGCUCUCCCCUUUCAGUACCAUCCGUCGCGAAAUGUCCACUUUUGCCUCUGUGGGGACCCACUGUUAAUUGACCUUAGGACUUUAUUUCCCGUAUCUUUUUCUUUCCUUUUUGCUUCAUACUUUUCUUCUUGAAGCAAAAUGCAAGGAAAAAAAAUUAUUAUUGAAACCUAUUCUGGAAACCAAUCCGCAUAUUAACAGUCGUGCUUUGGAAAAUAAUUUGUUUGGUUAUUAAAAUGAAAGAAAGAGAGAGAAGGAGAGCCAGCACUCAGUUUUAAAUCAUGAUAUUUUGUAUGGUGCUAGGAUUUUAUUGUUUGGGGAGGAGAAUCCAUAUCAAUCCACUUUUAUUUAAUUCCAUAGUAUUUUUUUGAUAAUCACUGUAAAAUGAUUAUAUAGACACUGUGGGUUUUGCAAGAUGUUUCAUGUAAAAGGUGUGGUGGAAAGUAUUUGAAGAUAGUUUUAAUCCAAUUACUGUAAACUAUUGUGAGAGGACCUGGACUUCAGAAAAUUUAUGAAGUAGCAUAAAAAUAAAUGAGGUUUUAUUCUUUAACUUCAUUGUCAAUCUGCAUUUAACAAGGACACCUAGAAGUAGUAUUAAGUUCCUUUAAUAAGUAAAAAAAUCUUUGCUUUGCAUAAAAUAAUUUAAACAGCCAUAUUUAAUUCACCAUUCAUGUACUUACCCUUGGAGGCUAUAAUUACAGUGUUUAAGGAAGAUGGCUAUAAUGGUAUUAGAUUUACAUGAGUGGUUUUUUUAAUGUAUAUUACAAAGGUUCAGUGUGCCUCAUUGAAAAGUUCCUUCUUAACCUGCAGGUAUAUAAAACCUGAGUUAUUUUGUACUUCUUGUGAAGAAAGAUUUGCUUUCUCACUAAAUUUUGUCUUGUGUGGUUUCAAAAACAAGUUUCUUUCCAAUUUUUCUUUCCAAAGUUAUUGGUUUUACAUUGAGAUUCUCAGUCUCUGUAUAUAUAGCUCCAACUGGCUUCAGAGAGAGUCCCACUGCAGAGGAAGGCAUUCUUUUGCCAGAGGUUUGCUGACAAUAAAUGUGAGGGACUGAAACAUGUGGAGAGUGAAUUCC